AUGCACAAGGAACAACAAUGUUACAAGAGACUGUGCUGGGCAGCCACCGCUGUGCAGCGAAGAUACCGAGCAUGCAAAGUCAGAGAUGUCUGUGUGAAACAAUAUGAUGAUGUGAAAAAAGCAACAAUUAGGUUUCAAGCAUUUUACCGUGGGAAAAAAGCCCGAGAUUUGGCUAAAAGAAUUAAGGCAGUUCACCGAAUUACAUCAUUCUUGCAGAUGUGCAUUGCCAGAAAAUCCUUCUUGAUUCAAAGGUCAGCUGUGAUAGUACUACAAGCAGCAUUCCGUGGUCAUCGAGAAAAGGCACGCUACAGAGCUAUGUGUCUUGCAGCCAUUUCAAUCCAAAAUUGGUACAGAGCCUGCAAAAUGGGCCGUUCACAGCUUGUGCAAUAUCAGUCCAUGAGGCAGGCAGCUAUCACGAUUCAGACUGCGUACAGACAUAUGGUUGUCCGCCAGUGUAUUAAACAGAAAAGUGCAACUGUUAAAAUUCAGUCAACAUUCCGUAUGAUUCAGUGUAGGAGAACUUUCCUCAGAAUCAAAUCUGCAGCCAUUGUAGUGCAGUCUCACUUCCGUGCUCGUGAAGCUCGAAAACUGUAUAAGAAAUAUAAAGUAGCGACUACUAUAUUACAGCGAUAUUACAGAUGCUACCUCUUGAUGAAGCAACAUAGAUCAAGCUACUUGACGCUCAGGCGGGUAGUAAUCAGCCUCCAAGCUAGAGUAAGAGGUAUUUUUGCCCAAAGACGAUAUAAAAUGAUACUUCAGAGCACCACAAAAAUUCAGGCCUCUUAUCGUAGAAAAAAACAAAGGAAGAUAUUCCUUCUAAACAAGAAAGCUGCAUGUGUGAUACAGCAACACUACAGAGCUUAUUGUCAAAGAAAGAUUGAACAAGAAAAAUACCUUCAAAUGAGGCAUGCUGCUAUCGUAAUUCAGAGCGCAUUCCGUGGAUACAAAGCAAGGCAGCUAGCCAGAAAAACAAGAGCUGCACAAAAAAUCCAGGCAUGGUUCAAGGCUCAAAUUGAACGUCGGCGGUAUAAAUCCAUACUUGACUCUGUUCUAUUCAUCCAACAGCAAUUGAGAACAAAACGAGAAAGAUCUAGGUUCUUAAAGAUCCGGGCUGCCUCAAUUGUUAUUCAACAAAAAUGGAGACUAACUGUUGCAACAAGAAGAUUGCAGGAUGAAAACAUGAGAAAAACAAUGGCAGCAAUCAAAAUCCAGGCAUUUUGGAAAGGAUUUAGAACCAGAAAUCAGCUGAUAAAGAAACAUGAAGCCGCCUCUCAAAUUCAGUCUGCUUACAGAGGUUAUAAACAAAGAAAGAAGUUUCUUCAGCAAAGAAUGGCUGCAAUGAUCAUACAAAGAAUUUACAGAACUUGGCAACUUGCAAAAACUGAAAACAUGAAGUACAAAAAAAUCAGAGAGGCUGUAAUUCUCUUGCAAUCCAUAUGUCGUGGCUGGCUUGUUCGCAAAAAGCUUGUUGAACAAAAAUUGGCAGAAAAGAAGCUUCGUUUCGCUGCUGCUGUCUAUCACCACCUUUGUGCUUUUAAGAUUCAAAGUAUGUACAAAAGAUACAGGGCUCUUAAAUGUGCAAGAGAUGAAAUCAAUUCUGUCAUCUUCAUUCAGAGAUGGUUCAGAACUUGUCUUCAACGCAGAAAAUAUCUUGAUGAUUAUCAUAAGAUUAUUGUAGUUCAGCGAACUGUGAAGAUCUGGCUCAUGCGACGUCACAAAGCUGCUGUUGUAAUUCAGAAAGUUGCAAGACAUUUUCUUCAGAAAACCCGGAAGCAAAGAUUUCACAGUGCAAUUAUAAAAAUACAGGCUUUGUGGAGAGGAUAUUGCUUGCGCAAGAAAACCAACAAUCUUCAAAUAAUUACUAUCAGAUGCCACAUUGAACAGGCUAAUCAGAACAGCACUGAGGAGCAGAAAUUGUGCAACAGAACAGCUGUAGCACUCGAUUACAUUCUUAAAUACAAACACUUCUCUCACAUUCUUGCAGCUUUGAAACAUUUAGAGGCUGCAACCAGAUUAUCUUCUACUUGCUGUGAAAAUCUUGCCCGAAGUGGAGCGACGCCUAUUAUUUUGACUUUGAUCAGGAGUUGUAACCGCAGUGUGCCUUCUAUGGAUGUCAUUAAGUAUGCAGUACAAGUGCUCCUCAAUCUUUCGAAGUAUCACAAAACAUCUACCGUUGUGUAUGAAGUGGACAAUUCCAUUAAUACGUUACUCGACUUGCUGCAAACGUAUAGAGCAAAAGCCGGUGACAAGACAUCAAACAAGUGUAGCAGCAUUUUUACAAAGGUUUGCUGUUUACUGGCCCUUCUCUCAAAGGAUUCAAAGAGAGCAAUGGAGAUUCGAAGCUUGCCUAGGGCAGUGGAUCGUAUCCUUAGCAUUUAUGAGCUUACCGUGAGAAAACACAAGAUGGAUAUAGACAGAAUAAAUGUUAAACUGCGGAUGUCUACCCCUUGCAAUGGCAUUUCAUAUAUUCCAGCUACUCCUAUUCGAACAAGUUUAGUUUCUAAACUAAAACCAGACUGGGUCUUAAGGAGAGACAAUAUGAAAGAAAUCGUGGAUCCUUUAAAAGCCAUUCAGUUGGUUGUGGAUACCCUUGGAAUUUCUACUUUAAAUGUCAAUAAUGGGAAAUAGUUUAAUUUUUCAAUAAAUGUUCAUGUUCAUGUAAAUAUGUGUGCAGAAACAAAAUCUUAAAACUCGUCCAAAUUAUAUUCCUUGUAUAUUGUUUGUCAAUGUUGGUUAAGCUUGGUUCAGUUCCACAUACGUCGCUCCUAUGUGUGUCAUAUCAUGGUGAAAGAUUUUCUACUAUUUCUAAUCUGAAAAUAAAUGUCAUGAAGCUUGGUUUUAUUACAUUAAGGAAAAGAAAUAAAUUUUUAUGUAAUGACUUACAAA